GCCUCCAGUUAAACCUUCCCUAUCCGAUUCUUCCAACUCCCUCGCUAGUCCCUGCCUCAACAAGCAACAAGUCCAGCACACCAACAUCCAUCCAAGGAGAGGGUGAGGAGAGGAGGAGGAAGAGGGUGAGGAGUUGCCUCUGAAAGCAAGCCAUCAUUAAGGCGCCAAAUGCGGGAAUGCAUAUUAGCUAACAGGACAAGAAGCCCAAGACGAAGAAGCAGCUAGCUAGCUAGCCGGGGAUCGGCCGGGCACCACCGUCCACCGAGAAGCAGCAGCUAAUUAAGCUAGCUAAGCUCAGAGCCGCGCGCCGCCGAAGGCGCCAUGUCGUAUGAUCAGAUGCUGUCGCCGCUUCUGGAGGGCCGGUCGUCGUCGGCGUGGACGUCCUCCUCCCAGCUGCUGGGCCUGGGCGGCGACGCGGUGACGAGGCAGAUACUCAAGUGCACGCGGUGGCAGCUGGAGGAGACCACGGACUUCGUCACCUGCCCCUACCACUACUACUGCGACAGCUCCUACCCCGGCGACUACCACUCCGCCGUGGGCGCGCUGGUCGCCGCCUUCGCCGCCUACUGCUUCGCCGCCGCGCUGGCCUUCACGGUCCUGGACCUCGUCCGGAGCGGGGCCGCCGGCGUGAGAGGGAUCAAGCGCAAGUACCUGGUACCCUCGGGCCCGUUCCUGCUCCCGCUGGUGCUCCUGGCGCUCGCCAAGGGGCAGCGCGUGAACGCCGUGUUCCCGCUGGCGCAGCUGGGCCCGGCAUUGCUGCUGCUGCUGCAGGCGUCGGCGCUGGCGUUCCGGAACGAGGCCGACGGCGACAUCCGGUACGCGGUGCUGGAGGCCUCCACGGUGUCCGGGGUGCUGCACGCCAGCCUCUACCUGGACGCCGUGGUGCUGCCCUACUACACGGGGCUGGAGGCGCUCCGGUGGUCGCGGUUCUCCGGCGAGUGCGCGUCCUGCCUCUGCCGGAUGGAGCCGCUGGUGGUGGGCGGCACGGCGAUGCGGUACCGGGGGCUGUCCAAGACGGCGCUGGCCAUCAUCUUCGCGCUCUGCUCCCGGAUGGUGUGCCGGAUCUACGGCGAGGAGCGGCUCAGCGCGUGGACAAGGUCCGCGCUGGAGGGCGUCGGGUGGGUCUUCGUGGCCGCCGACGCCGUGUACCUCGUCGGGUGGGUGUCGGCAGAGGGCGGCGCCGUCGGGGUGGCGGCCUACGGCAUGGUCGCCGGCCUCGUCUUCCUCUGCGUCUUCGGCAAGGUGUACAGAUUCUUGGCGUGGGCCGAGUCGCGGCAGUCGCAGUGGAAAUCCAGCCUCUGCUGCCACAGCAGCAACGUUUGAUCCAUCGGUAUUUUUCCCAGACAAAAAAAAAAUUGUAGAAAAAAAAGAAGAGAAAGUGCGACAGUAUUUCUUAGCUCACCUUUUGCUUGAUUGAUGUACAAAUUUACAAUGCCC